ACAACAUGAUGUCGGUAACCCUAAAGAAACCGGUUAUUAUCGGACUGACUUGUGGAGCCCUGUUUGUCCUCUUCCUCCUUCACCAGCACUACACUGCGUACCCCACCCGUCUCAAACUCCCUUCCUCCUGUAUCCGACCAGACAAUAUCGAGAACCUUCUAGAUAUUCUCAACACUUCAAAUUCAGGGGUGAAGAGACCCAAAUGUUAUGAAGCUCUCAGGGGGCUAAUGGACAGGAUUUACAGGGUGGAGAUCAGCGGAGCUGAAGUUAGGGUUCCAAAGAGCAUGGUAGAGUUGGUGAGGGACAAGUGGUUCGGCGGAGAUGUUGAUCUGUACGCAAAGUUCGAACAUCCCAGAGUUAUGAUUGUUUCUGAUAGGUAUACCUCGCAGACGUCCACUGUGAACCCACUCAGAGCGUUGCGACCCAAACCCUCAAAUGGCGGCGAGGAAAAGCUCGCCGUGGAAAAGAUUAUCGCGGACAGCAAGCCUGGAUGUAACUUUUGUAACGAUAAGCAAACCCUAGAGGAUACUUUUGGAAGGGUUUAUUGGGAGAAAUCUCACAUUUUCACGGCAGAAAACGCGUUCAGGUUCUACGACUACACGGGAAUGGUCAUCCCAGCAGACAUUCAUAAUUUCAUGGAUGUUGAUGCUCAGACGUUCGAAACAAUGCUGACAUACUCCGCUUUAACUUGGUUUGGGAACAUCCACGAGAGGCACCCGGAGAAGACUCACCCUGUUUUGGUUUGGGAUGUUUUGGGGAAAGCUGGAGCAAGUCAGGUUCAUCCUCACAUUCAGAUGUUCGUAGGAUCUGGAUUUUAUCCAGGAAAGUUUGGGGAAAUAGACGACGCAGGGAAAAGAUAUAAAGCUGACACAGGAGGGAAUUAUCUUCAGGAUAUCGUAGAUCUUCAUAUUGCACUGGGAUUGGGAUUCAAACAUAAAUCUGCUGCAGUGAUUGUGCCAAUAAACCCAACUAAGGACCGUGAGAUUUGGGUGGUUGGUAAGGACAAUGUGUUUGAUUGGGCCUGGCUUUAUUUCAUAUCAUUCCGAGCUUAUAUCGAGGAGCUCGAAGUUUAUUGCGUCAGUCAGGGCAUAGCCUUGCCGACCGCAGAAAUUGCCCAAACUUCAAUAAUGAGCGAAUCAGGGGAGUUGAUGAUAGUAAAGAUGGGCGCUAGGGGAGAUUGCACAAGUCCAUACAACGAUGUUAGUUCCUUAGAACUAUACUCCGUAAACAGUAUUUCUACUGAUUAUUAUGAAACGAUUGCGGCAGUUCAUAAAACUUAUGAAACGUAUAAGACUAAAAAUCCUGAAAAGUAUGAGGGUGUUUGAAUUUGAUCAACUUUUUAGAUUGACGCAGAAUGAAUAUGAUGUUAUUCAAGAUAUCAAUUUUACGAGAUACCAGAGAUUUUUUCCUAUUUGGUGAUUGUGUUAGGAUAAUGUUCAGAUAAUGCACGUUCAGUUAUAAAAAUAAGAAUAAAAUUCAGUUAGACUAUAAAACGUUUUACUAUUGUAAAACUUAUUUUUAUAAUUGCAUUCGCAGUUUUAUGUUUGUACCGUUAUGGAGCAGAGUUGUUACGUUAUGAGAAUGUAUCGUCAGAUGUUAGGGACAGAAGAUCUUAUAUUUUAUAUUGACGAAGAAGGAAUGAUCGCCUCAGCUUAGAAUAGUACAUAUUAUAUUAUAUACUCUGUAUUAUAUAGAGUAUUUUAAUCGUUAUAUUACCAUUACGUAAGUGUUGAUUAUCUUAAUUUUCAAUCAGUAGUUAACAUGGCAUUUAUUUAUCGUUUGUUUUGUAAGAAACCAUGAAAUAUAUAUUUUAUCUAAUUGUGUACGG